AUGGUUCACCUGGUUAGAACAAGCGCGGCGCAGGCUGCUUCAUCGGUCUUGCGUUCCGAGGUUCGCUCUUCUCUUCUUCGUGGUGCCCAGGUCGCCCAGGCUCGCAGUGUCCACGAUCUCACCAUCAACCGAAAGACGGGCAAGCCCAUCAUCAAGUCGGGACCUUACGGAGGUGGACGAUCUUCCGUAUCGGGACACGUCGUGACGGUCUUUGGUUGCACCGGCUUCCUCGGACGCUACGUUGUCAACCGUCUCGCGCAGAAGGGCUCGCAGGUCAUCGUUCCGUACCGUGAUGAGGACGAGAAGAGGCACUUGAAGGUGAUGGGAGACCUUGGACAGGUUGUGCCCAUGGAGUGGGACCUCAGGCACGACGAGCAGAUCGAGGAGUGCGUGCGUCACUCGGAUGUGGUUUACAACUUGACCGGACGACACUACGAGACCAAGAACUUCACCUUCAACGAUGUUCACGUCACGGGUGCUCAGCGCAUUGCUCAGAUCGCCGAGGCUGCUGGUGUCGGCCGCUUCAUUCACGUCUCGCACCUCAACGCUGCCGCCGACUCGCCGUCUGCUUUCCUGCGAUCCAAAGCGGAAGGCGAGGCUGCUGUCAAGCGUGCUUUCGAAGGCGCUACCAUCGUUCGACCCGGUACCAUGUGGGGUCACGAGGACCGCUUCCUGAACCAGAUGGCCGUCUACCCUUACGCAUGGCGCGUCAACCACGGCAAGACCAAGAUGCGCCCCGUCCACUCGCUCGACGUUGCCCGCGCGCUCGAAAAGAUGCUCGAGGCCGACGUCACCUCGAUGGGCGCCACCUUCUCGCUCGCCGGCCCCAAGGAGUACACUACUGCUCAGAUCCUGCAGCUCGUCGAGUCGCUCAGCUUCACCUCGCUCGCCAAAACCGGACUCAACACGCCCAAGUUUGCUCUCAAGCUCGCCGCUAAGAUCGCCGACCUCGCAUGGUGGCCCAUGAUCUCGCCCGACGAGGUGGUGCGACGCUACAUCGACGACCUGCCCGACGCGCCUGGCACCAAGAGCUGGGCCGACCUCGCCAUGACCCCGGACACACUGGAGGAGACCGCCGCACCGUACCUCAGGAGAUACCGACCGGCAACAAGGUUCGAGCAACCCCUCGAGUCGGGCGGUGCUCACCUCAAGAAGCCCAAGUACCACGUUCUCGACUGA